GGUUGCCUAUACGACCGCGAGGUGGCGGCACCGUAUACGUUUUCGGAAUCAUGAGUCGCUGUCAAAGAUGUUCGCUUGGAUGAAAUUGCGUUACGUUGCGAGAGAAGGAUCUGCGAAAAAGACGCGACCGUAGAAACAAGAGAGUACGAUGCACCGAACGGAUAACACUCGUCCCUCCCUCUGAUGCAAAACAGCCGAUAUUGACAGCUCUCGCUCGGAUCCAGGAUAACCUCUCGGCCCGUUCGAACAACAGUGACAUUCCUUGCCACGUACCAGACCGACGAUCGUCAAGCUCGCUCCUCUGAAGGAUGGCGUGUCUUUUGUUGAAUCAGGAAAACGUUCAAAUUAAAAUUCCCUCCACGGACACCGUCGACGGUGUCACUUAUUAUUGCAUAGAGGUUGGGAUUGCCUCAGUUAAAUGGACUGUGAAGCACAGGUACAAUGAUUUUGCGGAGCUACACGACAAGCUUGUGACAGAGCACUGUGUAGAGAAAGAUAUACUGCCACCAAAGAAACUAAUCGGCAACAAGUGUGAAGCUUUUGUGGAAAAACGCAGGCUAAGCUUGGAGGUGUAUCUGAGCAUAGUCUACAACUACCUGAAAAAAGCAAUGCCCAGAGAAUUGGCUGUGUUCCUGGAUCUGCAUGUGUACGAUAUAUUUUUCCUACUGCAGAGCAUGGCUUUGGAAUUUUUCACUGAAGGCGACAAUCUGCUGCAGAAGUCUAAAACCUACAAAUUCAACCCUAUACAGUUAUACGCGAUCAGUGAAAGAUUGAAGCAACCUUGUCCACCAAUGGAGAUGAUCGACAUAAAAUACGACUUCAGUCAUGUUCUGGACUUCAAUUCCCAUUUAACUGGCCUGAUAAUCGAAAGCAGUUCGGAGGCCUACAGAACCAGCAACAUCUACACGAACACCCUUCCCAUUGAGCUGUCGAGCUUCAGGAAUAUCGAGGACCUGAACAUCGACCAGUAUCCAGUGGAGAAGAUCUAUCACAUGGGCAACCUUCGGGACACGGUGGUGCAUUUGGCGGUGAACAACACGAGGCUCAGAAACAUCGUCGAGUUCGCGAUGUGCGAGGAGGUGCACAAAGGCAUCGAGAACGCGAACGACUCGCACGUCUGGCUGAAGGUGACGCAUCUGGAUCUCAGCGAUAAUCGGAUAGAGGUGAUCGACGAGGCGAUCAAGCUGUUGCCGCACAUAGAGUGUCUAACGUUGAACAAUAAUCUCCUGUCCGAAAUAUCGAACGUCACCUUGUUACCGAGACUGUCGCAACUGUAUCUCGCGUCGAACAACUUCACAACGUUGCCGAGCGAUUUGCAUACGAAACUCGGUUACAUAGUCUACAUCGACCUGUCGCAGAACAAGCUAACUUCGUUGUCGAGCUUCUCGAAAUUGUACUCGCUGGAGGGCCUGGACGUGAGCUGCAAUCGCAUCGAGAAGAUCGAGGAGGUGAAGAACAUCGGGCACCUGCCCUGCCUGGAGAAUCUGAGACUGACGGGCAACCCGGUGUCGACGAUCGUCGAUUACAGGGUGAAAGUGUUGGAGCCGUUCGGCAAGAGGGCGGCGGACAUUUGCCUGGACAACGAGAAACCUAAUCAAAAGGAGCUGGACACCGUGUCCGUUCACCAGGCGCUUCGCAUCGCGAGGGAGGGCAAGUCGCCGACGUUCACCUCGUCGGACGCGCCCCUGUUCUCCGCGGAGAUCCCGAGCAUAUAGAACGACGGCGAUUCGAUUCCCUAGGCAAUAGACUUUCCGCGCGAGGAACACUUUGAUACAAAUUUUUGUACAAUUCAUUUGAAACAAGGUCGGCGGUGAGAAGGCCAAGACUUUAACGGGAACUCGGGGACGGAUAUUUUCGCCGGCGGAACCUGCAGAGAAACGAACAAGUGGAUUCGUGUGAUAUUACUCCGGAAUCAGUACACAAAACGAACCCAACGCACGGGAAAAGAGUAUUCCUUUUCGUUUUUGUUUUUUUAAAUAAUUUCGUAUCCGAUUCGACGUGAACCGGCUCGAUCCCCGCCCUCGCGUCGUUUUAUAUCGUAUUUAUUAACGGUCGAUCGCGUCGAUGCUUUUUAUCACCUUUUGACACGAUGAUAUCCGAUCAGUAUAAUGUAUACCAAAACAUUAAACGAGUAGUUUAAGCUAUAGACACGUCGAUUGUAUUUAUGUUGCAACUCGAGUCCAGGCGUCGGGACGAUUAGCAUGUCGGAGUGAGUUGCGUAAACUAUUGUUUCUCCUUGCUCUGAGAACGUACACGUGCCGCCGCCCCGUCAGCACAGAGGAACAAGCCUCGCGUGACCAUUAUGUGUAUAUAAUUGAUUUGAAAAUGUACAUUGCGUCUUAUCAUCGCGUAUUUUUUAUACUCGAGAGCAAUCGCGAACCGGUACGGCGAGGAUUGGUUGAAGGUUAUUUAUGAUUUCCGAAAAACUUGGUGCUCGAAGAUACGCGAUAGUCAAUCGCAGUGGUUCCCAAAUGACACGUUUAAAACUGAACGGAGGAAGUAAAAAAUCUGCCGUUUCGAGGAGCACUGUUCCAGAGAAUAUUAACCGCUUCGAUGAAAGCUUAUUUAUUACCGUGCAAUCGACGAACGCGUCAUAUUAAAAUUCAAUCGCGUCAACGGUGCGACGCAGAGCGAACGGCUCGACGGAACGUUCCGAAGCUCCUCGCAGACGCAACACCGUUGUUCGCUGUGUGAACCGUUAACGCUCUGCGAUUCGCUGCUGGUGCCAUUCCGGUUCGGCAGUUCUGGCGGUAUAACCUUUCAUGGAAAUCUCGUUCCCCUCCUCGCGAAUCGCGGAUCGCAAAGCGUUGACGCGAUGUUGUAUUAAGUGUGCAACCGAGUCCGGUGCAUCGAUUUUAUAAUGGUUUCACAAGAAUUAUCGAUAUAUGUAUAUAAGAUGAUGGAAUAUUUUGUUAAUAAACGAUUAUAAAUAAACUGUGAUAACCCGUGAACGAGCGUUGGUCUAUUUAUUGGGAACUAGGCUA